AUGGACAUCUAUACAGGCCCGCCGCCACUUAUAAAUUAUUCAGUCAAACUCGCGAGUUCGGCGCCCUUCACUCCCACUUACGUCAAAGGCAAUAUUUCGAGAUCAGCAGAUGCAGCUCAGCUAUAUGCAAGCCGAGUUCAAGGCCGUCAGAUUCUCCUAGAAAAUCCUGUCCGCGAAAGCAAAGAGAAAAAAGCAAGAGAGGAGAGGAAGGCAAAACGCCUUGCGGAGAAGGCCAGAAGAGACUCGGGAAUCAUUGGUAGACGCGACGCCCCGCGACAUGGCCUGUGGCGACUGAAGCGGGAAGAGACCAAGUUCUCUCUAUUUCUACCGCUGCAUUCUCUAUGGCUGGGCUACAUGUCGGAACUUCUUGCUCUUCCACCUGCUCCGUCCAUCCCUAUCGCCCGGGCUGUCGCUGAAGCGGUUCCGAAUGCCGCAGCAAUGCAUGCAAAAUUAGUGAAAGCAGACUUUCAUGGCUCCCUUGUGACCGUCCGGCAAAGUAAGAAUCCAUGUCUCGUAGGUCUCUCGGGCAUCGUCGUUCAUGAGACAGAAAACACCUUCAAAGUUGUCACGAAGAACGAUCAGCUCAAAUUGAUUCCGAAGCAGAACACUAUCUUCGCUUUUGCGGUUCCCCUUUACUCCAUCAGUGGAUCUGACCUGCCUUCGUCAUCUACGUCGGACCAUGGUUCCGCGAUAACAAGUGCGUCCGGAGAUCCUGCAGCACCCCGAUCAGAACGUGCCCAAACGGUCCUCGAUAUGCCUCAUGUCGAGUUCGAGCUCUACGGAAACCAGUUUUGUUUCCGAGCCACCGAGCGGGCAAAUCGUAAGUUCAAGCACAAAGAGACCAUUGAAUUAUAA